AUGAAUAAAUGUGAUUUCCUUUAUUAACAAUGUGCUGUGAUAAAGGUUUAUUAUAAAUAAGUGUUGGAAAGGAUCUAAUUUUUAAUGAUGGCCUAAACCUCAAAAUAACUACAAAUCUUUUAAAUUAAUUCAAUAAUACUAACAAAAUUAUUAAUAAAUGUAACUGAUAAAACAACAAUAAUUAAAUCAAAGUCUAUAGAUUAUCAAUAAACAUUACCAUUAAAAUUUUUUACAAAAGGAAAAUGA